AUGGGAACAGCACCAUGGACGCGACUGCGCGCGGUCCCAUACCAAAUGGGAAGCCGAAGUCCCUACCUGACUCUCGCCGUCGUAUGUACGGCGAUGUUUCUGGACCUUGCCAAUCUCAGUGCCAUCACAAUCGCCCUUCCGACAAUACAGAAGGAGUGGGGCACUACGGAGGGCGAUCUGCAAUGGAUCAUUUCUGCCUAUUCGAUCACGUUCGGAGCGUUUCUGCUGCUGGGAGGCCGAGGGGGUGACUUGUUUGGUCACCACCGUGUGCUCCUCUUUGGCAUGUCCUUUUUCGCGCUGUUCACCAUGGUCUGUGGUCUCGCCCCCAACUUCAUUGGCCUGGUCGUGGCCAGAGCCCUGCAAGGGAUUGGCGCGGCGUUUACGAUUCCCUCGGCGCAGGCCCAUAUCGCGGUGUGUUUCCCCGAGCCCGCAAAGAAGGCCCAGGCCCUGGGCUUCUGGGGGGUCUCAGGAUCCCUGGGUUUCAUUAUCGGUCUUAUUCUGGGCGGUGUCCUGACUGCCUAUGUUGGGUGGCGAUGGAUCUUUUGGAUCUCGCUCAUUCUAUCCGGCAUCAUCAUUCCCGCGGCGUUUUUCAUCCUCCCACGACCCGAUCGUCCACCAGCAGACGAGGCGGCGUCCCCGGGGGGUGACCUGGAGACUGGGCAACCAUCCGCUCCUACCAACCGCCUGGUUGCAGCCGUCCAGCGGAUUGUCACCCGCUUUGAUCCGCUGGGCAUUGCGCUGAGUGUGGCGGGAAUUCUGCUCCUCACCUACGCGCUCACGUCCGCGAAUACAGAAGGAUGGGGGAGUGCGCGAAUUGUGGCCCCACUGGUCAUCUCGGUGGUCCUCCUCGCCUUGUUCGUCUUCCAUGAGUGUCGGACUGCCAACGGGAUCGUUGCACCGCAUCUUUUCCAUUCCACCUCCUUUAACCUCACCCUCGUGCUGGCGGUGAAUACGUAUGCGGUCCGCCAGGCGUGCACCUACUUCCUGACCCUCCAGCUGCAGUCCUACGGCAACAGUGCCAUCCACACCUCCGUCCUCUUCAUCGCUCUGGGAGUGAGUGCCCUCAUCUUUAACACGUUGUCCGGUCGACUGGUGCCCAUCCUGGGUGCUCGCCUCAUGUUUAUCCUCGGCUGGGGCUUCUCUAUUCCUGGUGUGCUUCUCUUUUCCUUCAUUGACCAUGAUACCUCGUACUGGCGGUAUACCUUUCCCGGGAUGGUCCUCUAUAUUGCCGGAAUCGGUGCCGUCUACAUCACGGCAAACUUUGUCGUCGUUUCCUCCGCUUCUCGAGCCGACCAGGGGGCGGUUGCCGGGGUGUUCAAUGUGGCACUGCAGGUAGGCGGUUCGGUUCUCGGUCUGGCGGUCAUCACGGCCAUUGCACAGGGCAUCCAGCGACGGUACGGGGACCCAUCUCUCCCGAAGGACGCAUACGGUCGCAUCGGCUACCAGAGUGCGUACUAUAGUUGUGUCAUUUUGUGUUUCAUUGCGCUGUUGCUCAGUGUCUUCGCAAUCGAGAUCCCACCCAGCAUGAGGGGAACGGUGUGGAAGAGAUUUCAAAAAGAGCAGACAUCUUCUAUGGAAGAAAAGUGA